GCUGUUUCGCACUGCGCACGCGCAGGGCUGGCGCGGGCUCCGCCCCCCGGGUAGGGACCUACAGCGGGCGCGGCGCCGCAGUCUGCGGCCGGCGGUGUAGACGCCCCUUCACCGGUACCUGGCACCUGGUUCCGGCCUGCGGGGCCUCUUUGUGCAGCACCUUACUGGGGCCCAGGGUUCUGAUGUAGAAGCCUACAACCAGGGCCUGAAGUUGUGAAACUCGUGGCACUCCACGCCUGAGAAGAGAAGGCCUGAAAGAAGGAAGAGUCCAUGGUACUUGCCACAUUUUUUACUUAUAUCUGCAACUCCAAGGCUCCAGGCAGGAAGUAAGAACAGUGCUCAAGUGGCAGCAGAUACUGACUAUAUGGCUUCAUCUCACAGCUUCACAAAGCAAGGUAGCAAACAACAAGGAAUGUAAGAUUGGACACAGUUGCUGCUGUUCACCAAAUCUGUGAUCUUCAAAAAGCCAUCUAGCUUCUCCAGACCUGUUACCAGAGAAAAAGCAGUUAAUUGAAGGCUGGCUUCAAGAAGUUUGGAGGCUCAGUUGAUGUGCCCAGCAGUGUCAAGUCAAUCUCCAAAGAACUCUCUGUAGACAGGGUGGGGAGAAGACCCCCACUUCCUGCUGACUAAUGAAGUGUUGAUAUAGACCUUUGCCUCAUCAGACUCAUUUGUUAAGCUAACCUGUGUCUGCUUCUCUGGACAUUACUGGAUUCUUCUACCUGAGAAGGGAUCUUUAAAAAAAUAUUGACUGAUUUCUUAACAAAACAUCUACUCUUUGCCAAGCAUAAAGUUACCGUACACGCUUUUCUCAUUUAUCAUCACAUCAGCUGGAUAAAUUAGAAAUAUCACCAUUUUAUGAGUGAGAACAUUCAGGCCCAGAUAGGUUAACAAGUUUGAACAUACACUAGUAAACCAAACAUCUGGGUUUUGAACCUUGUUCUUGAUGUCCCAAAGUCAUUAUUCUCUACUUCAUUAAACUCAGCUGCUUUCACCUGGAAAGCAGAGGAAUUGGGCUGUCUCCUGCAGCCUUCCCUUCUUGCUCCAUUCAAGCAGUACACUUGGUUUCAGAUGGAAAUCUAGGAUCUCAAAGGUGGUACAUUUAUCAGCAGCAUUUGGAUAUAUUUUUCAUCAUCAAGAUGGCAAUCGAUUUGCAAUUCAGUCAUCUCAGUACAAGUGUUACCUGGAAUAUCAGAGAAUUGAAAGCAGUCAUAUUUUGGGAUCAUGCGCCUACUCUGGCAGUAUAUAAAAAAAGAUAAGUAUGCACCCAAGAAGUAGCUGCUCCUCUACCUAUCACAAACUGUAUAGAAGGGUGUCUCCUAAGGAUUUUAUCAUGUGAAAGCUUUCUGAACUUUAGUCGGCUCUUUUUAGAAAUGCAGAUAAAGAAGAUGAAGGAUAUCGGACAGCAGCUAUACACUACACACGUGAACAGCGGACAUAAUUCCUUGACCAUGUCACCCAAACAGCCUGAUGCUAAUGGAGCACCUCGACCAGAUAGACAAGAAACACCAACAAUUUUGUAUCAAGGCUCAGAGGCAGAGGGUGCCAUGAUGACCAUUGCUACAUGUGCCAAGUGCAAAAGUGUUCACAAGAUCUCUCUUCAGGAUUUACAGAAGGGUACAGGGAAGGACGGUAUGUAUGUCUGCUUCCAGUGCAGCCUCGGUGCAGCUCCUCCUAGUUUUCAUUUUAUGAGCAAUAAUCCCAGUGCUACUCAUGUUGGAAAUAGAACUGACACCUUCUCAAGUUCUGUUAAUAACAAAUUUAAGGUAAGGAACUUUAAGCCAGGCAAAUACUAUUGUGAUAAAUGUCGAUUUUCCACUAAGGACCCGCUGCAGUACAAAAAGCACACCCUUCAACAUGAGGAGAUUAAAUUCAUUUGUUCUCACUGCAGCUACAUUUCAUAUACGAAAGGGGAGUUUCAGAGGCAUUUGGUGAAACACACAGGCAUAUUUCCUUAUCAGUGUGAGUACUGUGACUAUGGUGCUAUUAGAAAUGAUUAUAUUGUCAAACACACAAAGAGAGUGCAUGAAAGGGCAGGUGCAAAACGGCCAGUCAAAGCUGUUGCCAAGCCGGAGCCAAAAAGAACCAGCACUUCAAAACAAAACUCAGAGCUUUUAAAAGCGUCCAGUCCACGGGCUGCAAUUCAAAAUAAGUGGUCAGAUCAACUAUCAGGUUUCUCUCUCCAUGCAAAUAAAGACAAAAUGCACAAUAUCAUGUUGUUACCUGAACCAAAAGAAUACCAAAAAGAUGUAGUUUGUAUUCCAAAUAAAAUGACCCUUUCUGAGCCAACUGAAGUCAACCUGUUUGAGAACAAAAAUGUUGAAGUAGAAGUGUUAUCCCCUGCGAAAGAACCUGUUCAGCCAGGUAUGCCGCUGACGGUUGUUGCACCAGCAGAACUGGUUGUCCCUGCAAACUGUUUAGCCCAGUUGAUAGACGUGAAGGUUGUCAAUGGUACACAGCAGCUUGUUCUGAAACUGUUCCCGCUGGAAGAAAAUAAUUGCCUUGAAGCUGGGAGGGGCAAUGGAGGUCAUUCUGAACAUAUGGCAAAAGAGAAGGGUUCAGAUGAACAAGAAAAAAUACUUUCUGCAGAAAAAACAAAGUCACUGACAAUUGAUGAGAAUGUUGGAAAACUUGUAGGCAUUGAUAGUUUUCAAUCUUCAGUUCAGAAACAACUUAAAAAUAUGAAAUGGGUAAGGUCUUAUGAUUUUAUUAUGCCAGAUUCUAGUGUGCACAACCAUGGAAAAUCCUUCAUUCAUUCUGAAACAAUUGAGGAUUUUCAGAAAAGAAAUAAUUUGUAUCCACAUAGAACUGCUUUUCCUUCAGUUGCCUUAAAAGGUCAUUCUCUAGCAUCUGUAUUGAAAAACAGUGUUUUACGUAGUCUUGGAGCCGCAUCAAACCCUUUUCCAUAUAAAGCUGUUUGUUUUGCUGAAAAUGGAAGAAAUUUACACAGUAACUCAUUCCCUUUUGCUGCAUCACCUGCAACCUUUUCCUUCUCUGGAGAAAAGGGCUUAUUGCCUAUAAGUGAAAAUGACUUGGAAUCUAGAAGAAAGAUGAGUAUUCCUGUAAAAAUGAUUUCCUCUAAUAGGAAGCAGGAAGAUAACCAGACAGAAGAACACAAGGUGGUUUCAAGUGUAGGCCAGAUUUCCUCUCAACAUAAAAAUGAGUAUUUACAUGUUAACAUAACUGGAGAAGAUAGACCUGAACAGCCUGGGGAUAAGCCUUUGGAAUUAAAGAAUUCUGAAAGGACUACCAACACUAAUGAUGGCCCAGUCAUCUCAUCAGUAUUCUCUCUGAGCUCUGGAUCUGAAAAUGUCCCCGAGGGCAUCAAGUGGAAUAGCUCAACGUCUAAAAUAAAGUCAAUUGAACUGUUGCGCAGAAAGAUAGCUCAGUUAAUUGAGUCCUGUGGCAAGCCUUCAUCUUUGGCUUCAAAUAGUGCACAUCGUCGCUCUGGAGGGCAGGCGUCAAAGGUAACUUCAAAAGCUACCUCUGAAGGUAUUCAAGAAAUCAAUAUGUCACUCACUGGCCCUGACCAUCCCACAGGUACUCUUCAGAAACCUCCGAAUGAUGGUGGUGGUACUGGUAACAGACAACUUACUCAUCAACAAAUAUAUUCACAGUUUGUGGAUGGCAGUGUUAGGAAAACCAAAAGGAGAGUGGCCAGGAAGGCUCAUGUUGCCACACCAGUGUUAAUCCCCAAAGGGGCUGUGCUGAGGGUUCUUAAUUCCUCUGAGGAUGCCCACAUCAUAGAGGCUACAUGUGAAGCACCUGUCAGCAUACCUUGCAGUGAAACACAGUUAAAACCAGCUCCAUUUUGCCCUGUGAAACAAGCAGACUCAGACUUACAGCCUUUAAGAAGUGAAAGGGGGCCAAUAGAUAUGUCCCAAAAUCUUGAGACACCUCUGAGGCCUAAACUGAAAAAAGAGAGUGCUGUCUGUAGCACCAUCCCUAAAAAAACUGGCACCUUGCAUGGACAGCAAGGAAGCAGUGAAUUAAAUAAGCAAGGCAGACUGCUUUCCAGAAAUCUUUCGAUAAGUAGAAAUAAAACCAAACAAGUACACUUCGCCAAGAAGAAGAACAAAAUUCAGGCCGAACCCAGCCGCUCUCUCAAGGAUCCUUCAAUUUUUCAGGUUGCAAGACAACUUCGGCUGAUAGCAGCUAAGCCAGAUCAGUUGAUUAAGUGUCCCCGUCGGAACCAGCCAGUCAUUGUGUUAAACCACCCUGAUGUGGACUCACCAGAAGUGACCAAUGUGAUGAAGGUAAUAAAUAAAUACAAAGGCAAUGUCCUCAAAGUUGUUUUAUCAGAGAGGACUAGGUGUCAGCUAGGCAUCAGACGGCAUCAUGUACGCCUGACCUACCAUAAUGCAGAAGAAGCCAGUCACGUUAAAAGGCAAAUGAUGUUGAAAAUGAAACUCAAAAAAGUUCAUAAAAACAACUACCAGGUAGUGGAUUCCUUGCCUGAUGACUCCACACAGUGUGUGUUUAAGUGCUGGUUUUGUGGGCGGCUGUAUGAAGACCAGGAAGAGUGGAUGAGUCACGGCCAACGGCAUUUGAUAGAAGCAACUAGAGACUGGGAUGUGCUUUCCUCCAAGGGCAAAUAAGUAAACAGUUACUCUUUGAAGCAAGUUAUCUUUUAGUUUAUUCUGGUUUGGAGUCCCUUCACCCAGAAUAAGUAGAAGAAAUAUAGACUGUAGAAAUGAGAGGACUGCUAAUUCUUCAUUCAGAACUGUAGGUAUACUGGGAGCCAAGGGUCUGAACAUGAAGUAUGUGAUUAGACCCCAGAAUGUAUUUGAGGUCCCUGAAAUUGUACACACAAAUUGAUACAUACGCAUUGUUCUGGAGAGAGCCUAUGAAACUUUGAACAGAUUUUCAGUGGGAUUUGACAGUUUUCUUUGUUUAGCACCCCCUUUUCUAAGUACAUACAGAUCUUUCAUAACCCAUUCAGAGGGGCAGAUUGAAAAUGUUUUACACAUGCUCUUCAUAUAAAUGCUACUGAAGAAUUAAACCUAUGUCUUGGUGUGCACAUCUGUUUUGUUUUUGCAUUAACUUGCAUCCUGAGUAUUUGGUGCACAAUGGGAAUUACAUUUUCUGCUUUACUAUCUUAAAUUUGGUUGUAGAGAAAUGUCCAUUGUUUUACUCCCUUCCUGGUUUUGUAAUACUCCAAGUGUUCCAUAUAGCACAAAGAGUUUUGCUUUUAUUGGCCAUUUUAAAGAAUGCUUUCAACUGUUUGCCUGAAUUUACUCCUUUCACGGCAAGUGUUGGAAGAAAAAUAACAUUUUCAAAAAUUUAGCUUUUACUUUCUUUAAAAUACAUUGGUUUAUGACAGUUGGGAAGGGAAUGUAUCUUUUGGCAAAGAAAAAAAUUACAGAAGGAAAAUACCUAGAACUGUUUUCUCUUAGCCCUUACCACUCCCAGAAACAUAACUUAAGUGACCAAUUUAACAUGCAAGGGAACAGGCUUACACAUAGAUAAAACUUGCAAACAAGGCUUAUAAAGUUAUGAAAGGGGUUUCAUAUGCCUGAGACCUUGGGUGGAUGCUGUCUGCUCUCUCUCUGGACCCUUUUGAGUCGUGGACAAUAGCCUCCCUUUGCCAUUUCUCAACAGGCCUCCUGUGGCCCAGCACAACUUCCUUGCCCACUUCUGUUUCUUCUGUGCCUUUGAGUAAGGUUUUCUGUUAUGCUAGAAAAUGGCAGGAGUCAACAAAAGAAAGACCUCCCACUAUUUAUGCUCAAGUUACAGGAACAUGAUCUCUGAUUUUCACUGGUAGUAACCUAACCCUCUGUUUCUAAUUUGUCUUAACCCCAUUCAUGCUUACCCUGCCACUCAGCUUUCUCGGGGAAGCAACUUGGGGAACACUCCUUCCACUCCCUACUCUACCAGCAGAUGUCAGGACUGUCGCUUAUCUACACAACACAUUUGUGUUCUUUAGAAAAAGGCCCACCCCCUGCACAAGCACAGCUUCUUGGGCAGAUAGAUGGCUUGGCAAUUGCUCAAGAUUGGAUUCUAGUCUUCACUUGACUGUGCAGCUGGGCACUGACCAUCAGGUAGAGCACAGACGGCACAGCCACAAGGCAUUUUCCUCCCUCCAGGAGCUAUUCCUGCCUUAGGCGAUUUAUGGGGCGCAGUGAAUGAAACUGAGGGGUUACAUCUGAAAAAGACACCAAUGAUUUUUAUCUUACUGGGUAGUCAAUUGGAGACUUUAUGAUUUUUUUUUUUUCAUAUGGGAAAGUCUUAGAUUCCUGCAGAUGGGAUUGCAAUUCUUUGCAGUUUGUUCUCAUUACAGAUAAUCAACAUUUCUUUUGUAUAAUUCAGUACAUGAUCAAGUUAAUUAAUUUUUAUUGAAAUUUAAAACUUGCAUUUUUAUAUAUGUGUAUAUAUGUGUGUGUACACAUAAAAUAUUUUUUACCACAUGAAAAUUGCAGUACCUAAUUUUCUGAUUUCCUAUUUUAUAAUGAUACAAGGGCUGGAAAAAUGUAGAAUGUUUUUAUAUUCCAGAAGUUUAUUUUGAAAGUACAUUUUUAUAAGGGUCUAAUCUCACUUUUAGAAAAUGAAAGCACAGGAAUGAUGGGGUCUGGUUUAUAUGAACAAGUGAUAGAAACCCCUGUGGAUCAUUUUAUUACUGCAUUUAGUCCUUGUGCAUUUUUAUUUGGUGAUUUUGGGGAAGUAGAUUUUUGGUACCAUUUUACAACAUAAAGGAGAGCAUUCAAAGUUUUGUCCAUGUUACAUACUUGUACUCCUAUGGCAUGAAAAAAAGCUCCUGGGAUGGGGAAAGGAGUGAAGAAGAAAAGGCUGUGUUUUUUUUUUUCUUUCUUUCUUUUUCCUACUUUUUUUCUCUCCUGUUCCUCACCACAUAGUGCUUUUUACUGAAAAGCUAAACUGAGAAUUGGCCUUGAAUCAGGUCAGAGUGUUAACUAUCAACAUGAAGUAUUUGCAGUUUGCCGCAUCAACUGUUUUUCAAACAUUAUCUAAAAACAAAAGUGGCAUACUUUGAUGGAGCUUAAUUGCGUGAGUAGAGUAUGUAGCAAAGCUUUUCAGGAUUUUCAGAACUAGCAUACCUUUUAAGGAGUAAAAGGGUUUCUGGAAGUCAAAAAUGGGAAAGCGAAAAGUAGCUGUCUUCCCUAUAUAAAGAGCUUUAGAAAAUAGCUUAACCUGUAGGUACAUGUCAUGAAAUAAACACAUUUCUAACAAAAUGAGGGAGUAGGGGCAGACCUGUGUUGUGUAUUCGUGUGUUCUUACCUUAAUGUUGAAGGACCUCUAGUCACUACAUUUUGUUAAUACUACCAAUAAAAUCAUUUUAAAUUUAUUUUUUAAAGUAGAUAUUCUUUGGGGGACCAGAGAGUUUGUUAUGUUUAUGAUAUUGACAAAUAGAGUAAAAGUAAAAAAAAAAAUCUGACUCAAAGUAUACGUUAAUAGACUAUUCAAAUUUUUAUCCCCAGUCCAGAACAUCUCAUAGCCUUCAUUAAGGGCCAAGUGCUGUCUGUUGAACUAGACUGGACACAACACAUUGUCUCAAAAGUUCCAGCUUUCUUUAGGACAUGUUAUAUAAACCAUCCCAGAAAUUGAAGAUGUGAUGCUGCACGGCCUUUGGAAUAAUUUUUCAAUCUGUAAAUGUCAAUAUGAGCAGAAACGAAACAUUGUGUAACAUGUUUUAAGCAUUAUUGUAAUUCCUGUGUUAACAGUUUGUGUGUCUGCUGCUCUGGUUUUGAAACAUGUUUGUAUAUAGAUAUAGGAGUUGGCAUAAAUUUUGUUAAAUAAAGCAACAAAAAUUUUCUUUGCCCUUUCAUUUCA